AUGCCUCAGUUACUGCGAAACAUUAAUGGCAUCAUCGAAGCCUUCGGGCGCUACGCCAGGACCGAGGGCGACUGCGUGGUGCUCAGCCGGGGGGAGCUGAAGAGGCUCCUGGAGCAAGAGUUCGCUGACGUCAUCGUGAAACCCCACGAUCCGGCCACUGUGGAUGAAGUCCUGCGUCUGCUAGACGAAGACGACACAGGGACAGUGGAAUUUAGCGAAUUUUUGGUCUUGGUGUUUAAAGUCGCCCAGGCCUGUUUCAAGACACUGAGUGAGAGUCCUGAGGGAGCGUGUAGAUCUCAGCAGUCUGGAAGCAGCACCCCUGUGGCCUCCCGAGAGCCAGGGGAUGGACAGAGAAGUGGCACUGCAGUGGGAGGUGCUGAAAAAGGACAGGGCCAUGAGGGGAGCAGCAGCACACCAAGCAAGCAGGCUUCCAGGGCGCCGGGUGGGCCCGGGCCUCAGACCCAGGGUCGGGACAUCAGCCCUGCUCAGGGCAGUCAUCAGGACGGGCAGUCUGAGUCCCAGGGACAGGAGGGAGCCAGCCAGCUGACGCACGCAAGGGGCCGCGUGGGGCAGACCCAGAGAGUGCAAGCAGACAAGAGUCCUCAGACCAGAGAGAGGGGGGCAGAGAGGCAGUCGCAGACCAGGGAACAGGACAGAGCCCACCACACAAGUGGCACCGUCACUGGCACCAUAACUCAGACCCAGACAGGUGCCACCCAGACUGAGGAGCAGGACAGGAGCCACCACACAGGAAGUGCCAGCACCCAGCCACGGGAGUCCACCUGUGGCCAGACCAGAGGGACCGAGCUCCAUAGUCAAGACAGGCAUCAGACCAGCCAAGUGGUGACAGGAGGACAUGUUCAGACACAGACAGGGUCACAAACCCAGACACACACCCAGAGUGUGGAGCAGGACAGGAGCCACCAGACAGGAAGUACCAGCACCCAGCCACGGGAGUCCACCAGAGGGACCGAGACCCACAGUCGAGACAGGAGGCAGACAAGCCAAGCGGUGACAGGAGGACAUGUUCAGACACAGGGAGGUGCCACCCAGGCCGUGGAGCAGGACAGAAGCCAUCAGACAGGAAGUACCAGCACCCAGCCACGGGAGUCCACCAGAGGGACUGAGACCCACAGUCGAGACAGGCAUCAGACAAGCCAGGUUGUGAUAGGAGGACAUGUUCAGACACAGGGAGGUGCCACCCAGGCUGUGGAGCAGGACAGAAGCCAUCAGACAGGAAGUGCCAGCACCCAGCCACGGGAGUCCACCUGUGGCCAGACCAGAGGGACCGAGCUCCAUAGUCAAGACAGGCAUCAGACCAGCCAAGUGGUGACAGGAGGACAUGUUCAGACACAGACAGGGUCACAAACCCAGACACACACCCAGAGUGUGGAGCAGGACAGGAGCCACCAGACAGGAAGUGCCAGCACCCAGCCACGGGAGUCCACCAGAGGGACCGAGACCCACAGUCGAGACAGGCAUCAGACGAGCCAGGUUGUGAUAGGAGGACAUGUUCAGACACAGACAGGGUCACAAACCCAGACACACACCCAGAGUGUGGAGCAGGACAGGAGCCACCAGACAGGAAGUGCCAGCACCCAGCCACGGGAGUCCACCAGAGGGACCGAGACCCACAGUCAAGACAGGCAUCAGACGAGCCAGGUUGUGACAGGAGGACAUGUUCAGACACAAGGAGAUACCACCCAGGCCGUGGAGCAGGACAGAAGCCAUCAGACAGGAAGUACCAGCACCCAGCCACGGGACUCCACCAGAGGGACCGAGACCCACAGUCGAGACAGGAGGCAGACAAGCCAAGCGGUGACAGGAGGACACGUUCAGACACAGGGAGGUGCCACCCAGGCUGUGGAGCAGGACAGAAGCCAUCAGACAGGAAGUGCUAGCACCCAGCCACGGGAGUCCACCAGAGGCACCGAGACCCACAGUCGAGACAGGAGGCAGACAAGCCAAGCGGUGACAGGAGGACACGUUCAGACACAGGGAGGUGCCACCCAGGCCGUGGAGCAGGACAGAAGUCAUCAGACAGGAAGCGCCAGCACCCAGCCACGGGAGUCCACCAGAGGGACCGAGUCCCACAAUCAAGACAGACAUCAGACGAGCCAGGUUGUGACAGGAGGACACGUUCAGACACAGGGAGGUGCCACCCAGGCCGUGGAGCAGGACAGGAGCCAGACCACAAGCCACACAGGGGCUAGAGAACAGAGCCAGACCCAGAGGCAGUCAGGCAGUGGUCAAAGAUGGACACAAGUGAGCAACUACGAGGCAGGAGAGGCAGUGCUGGGUGGACAGGCCCAGGCUGGGGCAAGCUCUGUGACAGGCAGCCAGGACCAGAGCAGCACUCACCCACCAUGCAGUGUGACCGGAGGGCAGGGAGAGAGCGAGCCCACCGUGGUUAGACAGGAGUGGGUUGAUGACCACACGAGGGAGACAGUGACCCGAAGGCAGGACCAGGGCAGCCUGCACACCAGUGUGGCACCAGCACAAGGCCAGGAAGUGACCCAGCCAGAGGGGAAGCAAGGCUUCACAGCCAGGGGGCUAUAUUCCUACUUCAAAAGCAGCAAGCCAUGAGUGCCCAGCCCCGGACUCCAGUGCCCAGCUCUGGGAGAAGAGUGGAGAGUGGUUGGCUUGCUGUGCCCUGGGCAGUCCACUUAGCAGGUCCCUGGACAUGAAGUCUUCACCGUGGUGCUUCUUUCUUAGGUCUUUCUCAGUGAGACCAUUUCUGCAAGGUGCUUUCUAUCCUAAACUCUUCUCUCUUACCUGCUUUGCUGUGCAGACCCUCUCAGGAGCAAGACGACAUGGAGCAAGUCAUCCCUUUGUGCCAGAUUUUCCUCAGCUUGUGGGGGUUUUCAGAGCUACUUUUAUUUCUGCCAUCUGUCCAC